AUGCGUCUCCAAGUGGAUUGCUCGCGCUUGUCGCCUCGUUUGCUGUCUCCGUUUGGCUCGCUGUUCGACCCUGUUCUCUACGUCGAUCACACCUACGUUCUCAGUCUCUUCCUUCGCGAUCUCCACGGCAAUCUCUACGAUCGAGGUCGCACUCUUGUUCCUUUCUUCAAUGCAGCGAUUUCGUCCGUCGAGUGCAUCAAUGAUUUCAACGAAACCAUCGUGACGCAGUGGACACGGCAGAAUUCAAUCCUCGAACUCCAGUUCUCAACUCUGCGAUGCGUUGAGUUACUGCUCAGCACAAAUCCGGGAAUCACCUCGCUCACUCUCUACAUCGACUCCACAGAGAUCUUUUCUCGCUACGUUUUGUUCCAGGAGUGGCCAGCUUACUCGUCAUCGCUCAGUUUCGCUUCUCCACUUCCCUCAUUCCCAGCAUUGCCCACAACAGUCGUAGUGAACCAGCCGUACUUCCUGCUUCUGGAGACAAGCUACACGCUCACCGUGAAUCGCGUCGUGCAGCAGCCAAUCGCAAUCGGAUCUCAAUCGAUCGCGAUGUACGCGCUUGAAUUCACGCGAAUCACGACUGUAACCGUGAGCAUUCUGGACGCUUCCCAAACCUCUGUGGUCACGCAGCGCGUUUCGACCGUCUGCGACAAUCAGGACUUGAUGGUGCGCGAUGUGCAAGUGAACCAAGACGGGCUGGAAUUGCUCGCGUUGUUCUACAUUACCGAUGGCUCAUUCAACAAAUGUCCGCGUCAGAAUGUCGAUAUCAGUGUUUUGUUCGUUGGCAACACGUCCGCUUUGUGCAUCUUGCAGUAUAACACCACUGUCUAUCCGUACAACUACCUCUGCCGCCUGAUGCUGCCUUCUGGAUCGUGCGAUGUGCGAGAGAGAAUCGAGUGUAGAUAUGUGAUUACGGCAAUGGUGGAUGGAUCGGAGAUCGGCAAGUUCACAAAGCAGAUCAACAGCAUGAGUCCGACCGAUUCGGUUUCGAGCAUUGUGUGCGAAGGAGCAGGCCUUUCCGGCGGGAAAUUCUUCGACACUAAUUUCAUUUUGAUCCACGGCCUCUCUGCGUCGUCGCUGGUCUUCAUCAGCUUGGUCAAUUCGAACGACCAAUCCUCGUUUCCCUACUACACGCUCUCCACGUUCCAAGAAGACGAAGUGCUCAAAUUGCGAUACGUUGUGUAUCCCAUCAUGACCGCAGAGGAGUAUAACGGGAAAUUAGACUUGGAUCUGUCGAUUCUGGUGAACAAUGUGGAGAUCUUGAAGACUCUAACGCAGCGGAGCGGAGGUGAUUGGGUAGAUGCGUUUUCGAUUCCGAUGAAGCUGUGGAUGAAGUUCAGUUAUCAGAGCGUGGAGUAUUCACUUCCUUGCUUCGCUCGACACAGCGAGUUUAUCCGACAGAACUUGAUCAUUUAUAUGAUUGAAAAAGACACGCGAACGACAACCCCGGUCUUUCCGUCUGUUGCUCACAUUGCCAACUCCAGCUAUCUGCUGUACAGCUCUUCCUACACGACCAACCACUACACUCUCCGCAUCUUCUUCAAUCAAACCUUCCUCAACUCGAUCGGCAUUUCCAUUCUCAGCAGCAAUGAAAAGAUUCUGGUCGAUCCCGAAGGAAUGAUCUAUGCGAACACGCAGAGUACGCUGCGUCUUCGUUCCGAUGACGCGUUAUCCAACAUGCUCAACACGGAAGAUCUUCACGCGAUGAUCGUGAACGAAGGCACCGAGAUUUCGUUCACCGAGGAAGUCUCGCAGAACCAAAUCCGACUGAAGUUCGUGCCUCUCCACUGCUCCACGAGCGAAACCAUUCUCUAUUACUGCUUCGCGCGCUCGUCCUCCUGCCACAGCGUUCGCUUCCUCGUCUCCGCUUUGUCGUGGUUCAAUCCGUUUGCGUGGAAGUGCGGGGUAAAGGAUAGAAGCAUUCAGCCGAUUCUGGUGGACGGAACGGACGGACUGUACAAUCCGCGAAUCCGGACGGAAUACUAUUUCACGCUGGCGUUCGAGGCGUGCAAUAACAUCGUGGACGAGUCGAUCAACAUCGUGCUCACGUAUACUUCCGAUCAGACCUACUCGUUCGUGCUGGAUAACAAAUCGAUCGCGAUGAUCGAGCCGAAUGUGCACAAAGUGCGUCUGCCGAUUCUCUGCGAGAGCUCGUCGUUCUGCAUCACCAAGCAGAAGUAUCAUCUGCAGAUCGUAGUGAACGACGUUCCGUUCGAAUACGACAGCAUGAUUUCUUGCUCUCGCAACGACAUCACUGGCUAUUCCGUAGAGUAUUCGAACACGUAUGUGGGAAGCACGGUGUACGUCGUGUUAACGCUGGAAUACCAAUUCGGACUGGACUGCAUUACGAUGAACAACAACCUCAAUGUACUGCUUCCGGGAAAGAUGACGCUGACGGACCCGGAUGGAUUCAAUUCCACCGUCGUGUUCUUUAAAGAUUCCGACGUGGUGGGACCAUGCACGAUGGUUCCCACGAAGAAGGGCAACUACACGUUCAGCAGUUCGAGGCUUCAGUUCGUGGUUCCGAUCGAUUCGAUCGUUCCGUCUCGCACUCUCUCUUCCAUCAGCGUUUUCAACGCGACCGGCGAGGAAAUCGAUCACAAAGAUACUGUCAUUUCGGUGCUGGCAGGCACGUCGCUGACGCUGGUGGUUCACUUGGUGGACGAAUUUGGGAUCCAAGUGAACGCGGAGCGACUCAUUGAAUCGGUAGUGCUGAACGUGAUUUCGUACGAAGACGGCAAUCCACAAACCUAUUUCCAGCUGCAUCCAGAGUAUCGCGACGGCGAGCUGAUGUUCACUUCUUCGCCCUACACGCAAGGCGUCUUCUAUCUCUAUGUGGCCUACAAAGAUGCCUUUUCCGACAUCUCUCUCACCGGAGAUGAUUGGUGGAUCGAGAUUCAGGAUUAUUGCAUUAUCGAGGUGAACAUCAACAGUCUGAGAGAAGAAACCGAUAACGAUUUGAGUCUCACUUGCGAGUCGGGCGUGUAUUGCAUGACCAUCGAAUCGUGUGUCGACAGCUGGGAGAACUGUCCAGGCGCGUGUCUCGGUGACACGCCUGUCAAGUGUGCGGAUGGAACCUGUGUGUCCGACUUGAAGGAAUGCCCCUGCCCCGCGCAGCUCCCCUAUCAUUGCUUCAAUCUCAUGGGAAUCAACGCUACCUAUUACCAAGAGCCUCUUUGCGUAAUGGAGGAAAGCUACUGUAACAAUGUUCCGCGCUGUCCGCCCACGGCUCCGUAUCAUUGUUCCGACUACACAUGCCAAGCAUCGCUCUCGAUGUGCACUAGCGAUGUGCGAUGUCCGCCCACACAUAUCAAGAUUCGAAACCACUGCGUGGUCGACAUCGAUGACUAUUUAGAGAAGAACGCGGACGCUCCGUUCGUGCUGUCUACCAAGUACAUGGUGUGUCCGGACUAUCUGCAUCGCGCAUCGAACAUGGACUAUUGUCCCUCGUUCCUGACCUGCAGUCCUGGCUAUGUGUUAUGUGACGACAACACAUGUCGAAAGAACUACACGCUCUGUCCCGUAACGCGAGUCUGUCCGAAAUACACGUGUCCCUUUGGGAACUGUGUGGACGAUUACACGCUCUGUUUCUCCAAUACGAUCUGCAAGAAGGGCUAUCGGCUCUGCUCGGAUCGCCUGUGCCAUCCGCGCAGUCGCGACUGUCCCAGCUACAUCGACGAGGCCCACGCCGCUGCCUUGGAGCGCGGAAUGAAGCUCUGUCGAAGCGGAGAUGUCGUGAGCAGAGACAUCGUUUGUCCCAAUAACAUCAUCUGCCCCGUCGGCCAAUUCAAAUGUCCCGAUAACACAUGUCGCGAUUCCCCGCUCUCCUGCCCCUUCUCUCUCCUCUGUCCCGCGGGAUCCGUCGACUUCCCCUCCCUCCUUCACUUCGCCUGUCCCAGCGGCGGAUGUGUCUCCCAUCUCUCUCUCUGCCCCACGCUGCCCGUCUGUCCCUCCUUCGCCCCCGUGCUCUGUCCGGGCAAGUUCUGCAUGCCGACCCUCGCGGAUUGCCCCGAGCUUCCGCCCUGUCCGCCCCACGCUCCCUACCGCUGUCCCUCGGGCGAGUGCGUCGAAUACGCCGCCACGUGCGCUCCGGGCAUUCGCUGUCCCGCCAACAAACCGUAUCUCUGCUCCAACGGGACCUGCGUGAAGGCGGCGGACCUCUGCCCCAUCAUCGAAACCUGCCCUGCCGGCUAUUUGAUGUGCUAUGAUGGCUCCUGUGUGGACCACAACUCGGUCUGUCUGCCGCCGCCCGUGUGUCCCUCGCUCUCCGUUCGCUGUCUGGACGGCAGCUGUCGCUCCGCAGUGGACAUCGAAGAAGCCGUGCUCGAUUACUUCGGUGUUGCUCCCGCCUAUGAGACGUGCGUCAGUCGCAAACUGGAAGAAACCAGCGACACCAAUCCGUGUCUCUGCGCGGAGAAAGGCUAUCUGUACUGCGGAGAUCGCUGUGCGCUGGACUGCCCUCUCUGGCUGCCGCUCUACCGAGAAUGCACGGAGAAAUACUACGACGUGCUUCGCAGCAUCUGCGCCGAGGAAGCGGACUUUUACCCCUGUCCCUCCCAGCUGAUCGAAACCGCCAGUCUGGCUCCGUCCUAUCGCAUGUGUCCCACGGACAAUCCGAUUCUCUGUCCCGACGGAUCCUGCGUGAGCUCUUCAGGCGAUUGCCGAGACGUGGAGAGCUGCUUCUAUUACCAGGUUCAAUGUCCGGAUGGCACGUGCUCCAAUUCCAUGGAGAACUGCGCGACACGCGUCACAUGUCCCAAAUCCAGACCGUUCUUGUGUCCCGAUUCCACCUGUCAUGCGAACGAAGCCGACUGCGUGACCUUUGAGAGCUGUCCCAGCGAGACGCCCUUCCGCUGUCCGGAUACAAGCUGCGCGACGUCGCGCGCGAAUUGUCCGCUGGGCAUUCACUGCAACGAGACGGCUCCGAUUCUCUGCGACGAUUUCCAUUGCUACGAAUCGGUGGAUGCCUGCGAGAACGUGAACACGAACGAAUGUCCGGUGGGUCGCGUGCGUUGCUGGGACAACACGUGCCGCAUCAGUCAGGACUUGUGUCCCCCGCAUAGCUGUCCGCUGCACGUGCCCUACAUGUGCGAUAACGGCCAGUGCGUGACCGAUCCGUCGAUCUGCUCGGAGACUUGCGAGUCGGUAAUGCUCUGCAAGCUGCCUCCGAAGCUCGGUUCGGCCACGAUCGAGUACGAGACGCGCUGCUGCGACACGGCCGACUACAACGCGUGCUGCGGCUAUCCUCAGUUCGAAGAGGACUGUCUCGAUGGCGAGGUUCGCUGCGGCGAUGGCGUGUGUCGCAAAGCGGAGGACUGCGUGAACGGCGUGAACUGCCCCCCGGAAUAUCCCUACCGCUGCGCGGGCAACACGUGCGUGAGCGAUCCGCUGCAGUGCCAGAACAGUCCAUUGUGCCAGGACGGAUGGAUUCGGUGUCCCAGCGGCCGCUGCGCGCCCAGCUACGGCGAUUGCAUGGUGUCUCUGGCGCGGUCGGACGGGCAAUGCCCUUCGGACAAGCCCGUGCAGUGCUCCGACGGGCAAUGCCGACGCACGCUGGAGGAAUGCGGCUUGCUCGGUCCCUGUCCCAGCGCGUUCCCGUUCCGAUGCCCCGAUAAUAACUGCGUCACGUCCGAAGAAGAGUGCGGCUUCCGCAACACGUGCCCUUCCGAAACGCAGAAGCGAUGCGAUAAAGGGCGAAACGUAGGCAUGUGCUUCGAAGACGAAACGGACUGCGAUGACCAGAACGUGUGUCCCACCGACAAGCCCAUUCUGUGCCUUUUGACAAUUGCGGCCCAUUGA